CUUUUUUAUUUGCCUCGACUUCGUUGUAUUUUUUUUUUCUUGUUGGUUUUGCGUGCCCCGAGUGAAUGUGGAAAAUUUGCAGAUAGCUUUUCUGCGAUUCGAUAUCGUUAUUUUUUCCUCCUCGUCGUUGUCGUCGCGUUUAACUAAAAUAAUAACAACAACGAGAGCAGCAGCAAUUGCAAUAGCAACAACAACAAAAACACACAACAGCAGUAGCAGCAACACCAUUGCUAGCAGCAACAUCUAGCCCAAAGGAGCCUUGUAUUGCCACCUCGACCAGCAAAAAGCCGCCAAAAUGCUUCCGUUCCGGCGUGGAGCGGCCUGGCAAACGCUCUUCCUGCUCUGCGCUCUCGCCUAUUGCAUAAAUGAAGCCAGCAGCGAGGGUCGCGUGGUCUGCUAUUACACAAACUGGAGUGUCUAUCGGCCGGGCACUGCCAAAUUCAAUCCGCAGAACAUCAAUCCAUACCUGUGUACACAUUUGGUGUACGCAUUCGGUGGAUUCACGAAGGACAACCAGAUGAAGCCCUUUGACAAGUACCAGGACAUCGAGCAGGGUGGCUAUGCCAAGUUCACUGGACUCAAAACGUACAACAAGCAGCUGAAGACCAUGAUUGCUAUUGGCGGUUGGAACGAGGCCAGUUCCAGAUUUUCGCCGUUGGUGGCGAGUAACGAGCGCCGGCAGCAGUUCAUCAAGAACAUUCUGAAAUUCCUGCGACAGAAUCACUUUGAUGGUAUCGAUCUGGAUUGGGAAUAUCCGGCCCAUCGCGAGGGUGGAAAGUCCCGGGAUCGGGAUAACUAUGCCCAGUUUGUGCAGGAGUUGAGGGCCGAGUUCGAAAGGGAAGCCGAGAAAACCGGACGUACCCGUCUCCUGUUGACCAUGGCCGUUCCCGCUGGUAUCGAGUACAUCGACAAGGGUUACGAUGUGCCCAAGCUGAACAAAUAUUUGGAUUGGUUCAAUGUCCUCACCUACGAUUUCCACUCCUCCCACGAGCCAUCGGUUAAUCACCAUGCUCCGCUUUAUUCGCUGGAAGAAGACUCCGAGUACAACUACGAUGCUGAGUUGAAUAUUGACUACUCCAUCAAAUAUUACCUGAAAGCGGGUGCAGAUCGCGACAAGCUUGUUCUGGGCAUUCCCACCUAUGGACGAUCUUACACUCUGAUCAACGAGGAAAGCACUGAACUGGGAGCACCUUCCGAAGGUCCUGGAGAGCAGGGCGACGCCACUCGAGAAAAGGGCUACCUGGCCUAUUAUGAGAUCUGUCAAACGCUCAAGGACGAUCCCGAGUGGACGGUGGUGCAGCCGAAUGCCAAUGUAAUGGGACCUUAUGCCUACAGGCGCAACCAGUGGGUUGGCUACGAUGACGAGGCCAUCGUUCGCAAGAAGGCCGAGUAUGUGGUUGCUCAGGGAUUGGGUGGCAUUAUGUUCUGGGCCAUCGACAAUGACGAUUUCCGCGGCACCUGCAACGGCAAGCCAUAUCCUCUCAUCGAGGCUGCCAAGGAAGCAAUGGUGGAGGCAUUAGGACUGGGCAUCAACGAAGUGGCCAAGCCAAGUGGCCCGCAGAAACCCUCAAGAUCUCGCAGUCGCGAUAAUGCUAGCACCAGGAAUCGCCUUAAUGGGAAAACCGAAGCACCAUCCGGCACAAGGAGACCCAGUGCAACGAGGCGACCCGCUCUUAGCUCCUCCACCCAAGCACCACCACCGAGCACCACCUUCAAGCUGACCGAAGCUGAGGGAUCGUCACUCUACAUCGGAGGCAGGGCGUCAACCACGCCACCACCGCCAACGACUCCCGAUCCGGGUUCGGACUUCAAGUGCGAGGAGGAAGGCUUCUUCCAGCAUCCGAGGGAUUGCAAGAAGUACUACUGGUGUCUGGAUAGUGGACCGUCUGGUCUGGGCAUUGUGGCUCACAUGUUCACCUGCCCGUCGGGACUAUACUUUAACCCGGCCGCCGAUUCCUGCGAUUUUGCACGAAAUGUGCCUUGCAAGACCAAAAAAUCCACCACAGUGGCUCCGGUGACCUCCACAACCACGACAACAACCACAGCGCGCUCGAAUCGAGUGACAGCUGCACCCACAGCUCGUCCAGUUUAUCCACGCACCACCAGCAGCACCACAACAAGCACAACGACAACCACUACGACAACGCCAGCAAGUGUGGAAGAAGAUCUCGAAUAUGAAGAGGACACCGAUGAGCUGUCGCCUAGUAAAUCCACUGAUGCUGAGGAGGAUCCGCAGGUGAUCAAGGAGCUGAUCGAUUUGAUUCGGAAAGUGGGCGGUGUGGAGCAACUGGAGAAGCAUCUGCUGCGCAACAAGGACGGAUCGAUUACCCUGAAGGAAAAUUCUGCCAGUGGUGCAGCCACCACACCCUCUACCAUCAGCAAAUCUCUGUAUGAUCGUGUGCUGAGUCGCCCAGGAACCUUGAGUUCCUUCACCCGCAAUCGCUUUAAGAUCAGCGAGGCAACGGGGACGAGCACGGAAGCCAGUUCUUCCAGCUCUACGUCGAGUGGAGCCUCCAAUAGCUACUCGAAAUACUCCUCAGUUCUGAGGGGCAACAGCCGCCAGGGUCCACAAAACGAAGGCAUUGAGAAGUUGGCCGAGUUUGAUGGUUUCCUGAAGGAACGCAAGCAAUACGUGACCAUCAAUCGCCAUCGAUCUGCAAAUCAGGGAGAUGAUGAGGGAGAACAUGCAGAUCAGCAGGAAGAGGAGGAGAACCUGGCCGAAGUGGAGACCACCACCCGUCGUCCUUUGAGCUCAGCCACGCCAUCGUACACAAGUCUCAGACGCACACGACCCACCACAGUGGCACCGCCGGCAGAGGAAUCCCACGAGGAGGCGGGGGCGGAGCAACAAACCCAAACUCAGGUCAAAUCCUAUGCUACCUUGAGUCGCACCCGUGGACGCACCACGGCAUCACCAGAGGUCACGGAAGCGGCGCCCAGUUCGACAACCAAUCGUUACAAGUACUUUGAGCGUACGCGACCCACUAAGAGUGCCACCGCCGAUGAUGCCGAAGAUCCCACGGAGGACGAAGAGGAAGAGUACGAUGAUGAGCAGAAGGACAUUGUUACGGUACAGAGCAAACAAAGCACAAACACACGUAAAUAUGCGAGCAUCGGCCGCAGAACAACAACCACUACAACAGCAACACCAGAAACUACAACAACCGCCGGCACUGAGACUGCCAAGGCCAGUACCACCACCACCACCAACAACAACAGCCACUACAACAGCAGCAAUAACAACAACAAUGUGAAACUGAAUAACCUAAUACCAACAGAAGAGAACACCACAGCAACACCCAGCACCACCGCCCAAUCCGAAACCACAACAACAACCACCACCACUACUAACGAAACCACUGAACCAAAUGAAAGCACCUCAACCACCACAUCCACAACUAACAACUUGCAUACCACCACCACACCCACACCAAUUGUAGCAUCCACUGUCCCAACAACAACCGCCAAUGGCAUUAGCUCAGACUCUUUGUUAGCCACCGAGCUGAGUGAAGCCUCUCCCACCCACCUUCCCUCAAAUCCCGACUUAGAGACAACAACACCGACAACAACCACCACAACUACAACGGAACCUGAACUGGCAACAACAACCACACCAAGAACCACAUCAACCACUGGCAACAACGAACUGAAUGACGUAAACAACGUGGACGAGGACAGUGAGGUAACGAAAACCAAGACCCAAUACAAGUAUGCCACCACCAACCGUCGACGCAUAACCACAACAACUACAACCACCGCCAACAACAACAGCAACAACAACAACAAUGCAGAAGCAGCGAACGAUGCUAGUCCAACAAACGGUUUGAGUAGUUUUAAUAGCAUUAGAACCAACCCGGGCAGAAGGCAACCCCAAAAAGAUACGACCCAAACAACAACUACCGAACCAAACCUUUCUAGUCCCAGACCCUUUGGUUAUCCCCGUCGACGCACACGACCCACAGCUAGCACCACCACCACCACCCCCCAAACCGAUAACGAUAACAAUACCGAUAAUAACGAUAACGAAACCGAUGCAGUUGCGCAAGUAGUGAAGAAGACACGACUAUCUCCAGGGGAUAGGCCCAAGGUGAGUGCCAGUCUUCCAAAAGCAACAGCAAUCAACACACCAAACAAAACCUCCUCACUGCACCACCACCACCAAGAGUCCCAAGUAGAAGUAGCUGGUAACGGUGGCAAUAGCAUAAGGCAUGAAGUAGUUAGCUCUAGUUUAAGUCAAUCCCAAAACCAAAUCGAUACCGAUGACGUACCCAGCACCACCGAGCAGCAUGUCAAGUACACUUGGCGCGGAGUGCGAGGUCCCGCUUCGCAACGAAAAGUGGUCCCCAAUUCUUUAGCUGGUGACGACAAGGACUCUCGACGUUUUGCCGGCAAGCAGUUGAACACCGAGGAAGACUUGGAGGAGAAUCUUCAAACCACCACCAAAUUCCGCAGUCGUCGUUUGAAUUCCGCCGAAGAUGAAUCGGAGGUGGCCCGCGAGGCGACGGAAACAUCAUCAUCCCAUGGUUCUCGCAGCUACCAAAACAUCCAAAGAUCUGCCAGUCGUGCCACCACAGACGAUUCUCAAAUUCAAUACAAGGCCAUCACUCGCGACUCCGAAGGUGGAGCUCAUCUCACCGCAGGUCGCAGUUCUAGUUUCGUAAGGAAUCUUGGCGAAGGAGCCAAAGCAACACUUCCACACCAACCUGUCAGCAGAGGUGGACAGAUCGUAGAGAGCACCAGCGAAGAUGAGAACGUGGCCGCCGAGAUAAUCGAUGAUGAGAAGCGAGGAGAGACAAAGGCGCCCGCUGGCAGUGAAAAUACGGAUGACAGCAACACGGCAACCGAACAGGAAUCACCCGAAACUGUUACAGAAGCUGCACCGCCACAGUUGGAAGUCACAACUCUACCUGCAGAAACUUCAGAUGCCAGCAGUUCUUCAGAAGCACCUGUUAGCACCACCACUGUUCUGUCUGAAGAAGAUAAUAGCAGCAGCACCACAGAAUCGGAUGUCAUUGGCAAAGAAUCAGACAACGAGGGAUCUUCAACAGAAAGUAGCUCUUCAGAAUCACCGACUAGCAGUACAACUGAAUUAAGUUCGAGUGGAAAGGAAUCCGACUCCGAAAUCAGCGGUAUUACUGAAUUGCCAGAGAGUAGUAGCAGCACCACCAUUCCUCAAGAGGAAGAAAGCACGACAACUACAGAAAAACCUACUCGACGUCCUAACAACCGCUUUAGCUCAACCACAACUGAAGCUGUACCAGAAGAAGAAUCCACUUCUACCACAGGCUCAAGGCGUCGCGUUAUAUUGCGUACCAAGGCUAGCACCACUGAGCCAGAAAGUGAAGUCCAGACAACAACAGAAGGACCAAGGCGGCGAAGUUUUUACAGAACCAGCUCAACGGAGGCACCUAACAGCUCAACAGAAGCAGAAAGUGAAGCCACAACAACCACUGAAGGCCCAAAAAGGCGAUCCUUCUUAAGAACGAGCACCACUGCAGUGCCUAGCAGCUCUGCUGAACCAGAAAGCGAAGUUCAGACAACCACCGAAAGCACCACACGUCGUUCUUACUUUAAAACCACCACAGAGGCAACGCACAACACAUCAGAGCUAUCUAGCAGUCCAGCUGAACUAGAAAGCGAGGUGGAGACAACCACCGAAGGUACUACGCGUCGUUCGUUCUUCAGGAGCAGUACUACUGAAAUUCCUAGCAGUACGACUGAAGCUUCGAGCAGCACUUCAACUGAAGAAACCGAAAGCAGCUCUAUUGGCGAUGGGGUUGAAGCAGAUACAACCACGACUCGUCGUUCGUUUUUCCACAAUAAGACGCCAAGCACAACAGAAGCCACAACCACAACAUCAACUGGAGAGGCAGAAGUGAGCAGCACAACCAGGCGUAGUUUCUUCCGCACAAGCAGUACCACAGAAGGCUCUACAACAACAACCACUACAGAGGGGGCCAAGGAAAAUGAAAACGAGAGUGAGAUAACUACUGCUCUGCCAAAACGUCGAGUUAUAGUCAGAGGCAGCUUUAGGCCGCGCAAAGAGGGAGAUCUAUCCUCUCUUCUAGCGGCAGAUGCCAAUAAGAGAGCCAGGAACAACCACACCACCUUAGGCACAGAAACACCUACUGGCCCUUUGCCUUCGUCCAAGGAAGAGGAAACGGAGCAGGAAGAACCGCAAAAAGUGGAAAAGGUAACCAGUGGUCGGACUUCGUUGAAUGCUGUUCGAAACCGCACCACCACAAAAACCGAGAGCCUGGGCAAUGGAAUCACCCGCACUCGCACUACCUAUGUCCGCACCCUCGAUGCCGGGCAGAAGGUUGUCAAGCGUAUUCAUACAAAGACCGUGGAGGAGAAGCCCGCAGAAUAUGAGUACAUUAUCGAUGAAGUGACCCACCCACCACCACCGAGCUCCACACCCCGCUUGGUGACCCGUAAUCGUGGUUCCGUGCGCUUCCAGAGCAACGAUCUUUCUUCGCUGCUUGCCUUGGACUUUUCCUCACGCAACAAUCGCAAGAAGCAGGGACAAUCUGAGACAACGGUAACCAAAACUCGAAGACGUCUGCUUAAGAAACCCAAGGAGACUAUCGAGCACGAAGAGGUUGAAGAAUUUGAGUACGAUGCUGGCCACGAAACUGGUAACGAAGUGGAAGAAACUCCAAAGGUUAGCACCACAGCCAGACCCAUAAUCCGAAGAACCAGACCGACUAGGGGCAGUACUACAACCACAACAACAACGGAAACACCAAACGAAAGCGAAGCAAGCACUCGUAGAGCAAGCUUUGCUUUCAAGCGACCUUCCAAGGCCAGCACAACCACCGAAGAGCCCACUACAACCUCAACAGAACCAUCGAUCCCCUCGGAAGCAACCACAAGAAGAGUUCUUGCUUUCCGUAGGCCCGUAAGCACAACCACCACUCCUGCUCCGAUUGAAGAAGAGUCUACAGAGGAAGCAACGCCUGCCUCUCAAGAAGCAACCACCAGGAGAGUUUUGACUUUCAGAAGACCAAUAAGCACAACAACCACCCAAGCUCCAGUUGAAGAUGUGACUACAGUGGGAGCAACGUCUUCAUCCAUAGAAGCUACCACCAGAAAAAUUCUGGCCCGCAGACGACCCGUGAGUACAACAACUGCCCCAUCUCCGGUUGAAGAUGAGUCUACUGAAGAUCAGUUGGCUGCCGCCAAGCAGAAAUUUGUAAACCGCUUGAAAACCAGCACUACCACGACAACAACUACCACAGAAGCAACCACAACCACAACCAAAGAAGAUUUAAGCGAUCUUAAAGCACAGCUUAGCAAUGCCAUUAAUCGUUUGCAAUCAGAAAAUAAACUAGAAGGCCAGGCGAACAACAAGGGAAGUGAACCUGCAGAAGACGAAGGCGAUGAUAAACUUUCUUUGCCGAUUUACCACAGAAGAAAGUACUAUCAGUAUGUGAAGGAUUCUCCCAUAACCUAUAUAGACAAAUCCCCCGCACCACCAGAUAUUGAAAGUGUGACUGUGAACAUUAAACAGCAAAUUCAUGAUGUGUUCAAUGUAAGUGAGAAUGAGACACCAAAUAAUUCGCUCAGCGACGACGGAGAAAGCGAUGGCCAUCGCCUGGCGAUGGAACAAGCCAAGGAAAUCAACGCCGAACUCGGUCAUUUUUUAUUGAAAACCCCCGGCACGGGAAAAAUAAAAUCUCAGCGACAGGGAAAAACCUUCAAGACAAUACCACUAGCAGCAGACUCAAGCAACGAAACCUCCAAGAUAGUAAGCCUUUCUCUUCUAGAAGAAAAGGAAAGAAGCGAAGAAGACUCCAGGGCAUUACGCACCUAUACAAGAUUAAAUCGCACCCGAUUAACUCUGUCCAGCAGAUUGCAACAGAACACCCAAAACGAACAAAAACUUGACACAACCACUAGAAGAAGCUACAGCGUUCCUCAGCGAUUCCGGGUUCGCUCAACCACACCUACACCUUCUGCAACAGAAAACAGCGAAGAAGAUGAUGACGAAUCUAAUGAGAAACCCCAACAAGAAUCAACUACUGCGUCCGCUACCCUUAUUAGGAAACCCACAAGAAGAGUGUACAUCCCAAGAAGACCUGGAAAUGCAGUAGAAGAUUCUGACUCUUCUGAUAAUGAAAACGAUAACAAGGAAGAACUAAAGGUGGAAUCAACGACAAGACGCGUGUAUGCUGGCUUAAAUAGAUUAAGAGGCCGGGGAAGCACUACCACAACUACAGAGGAAGCCACUGAGUCAACCACCGAAACCACAUCGAUAAGAGACAGAAGCACGAGACAGCCAUUUGUCGCCAUUAAUCGCAGAGUUUCGACUACGACAACCACUGAAAAUCCAGGAAAAAAAGAAGCAGAAAUAAAUGAAAAUGAGGAUGAAGAGGCAACCACAAUUAGCUCUCAAAAGGAAAUAAACGAUGACAUCAAAGAAAAUGAGGUGGAAAAGAAAGAAACAGGAGAAACUAGUGAAAACAAGGAUUCUGAAGAGCCUAAAGACAGCACUGACGAGCCCGAAGACAGCACUGAAGAACCCGAAUUGGAAGCACACAUAGACGAUGACAAUGAAAUACCCCUACAAGAAAGUGGAUCUAGCUCAGAAGCUUCAACUACAACAACAACUUCGACAACCACAAGUAAACCAGAAAGCACAACCACACGUCGUCAGUUGGUAAUUCGUCGCCGUUUUAAUGGCACCACUACAUCCACUACGACGUCUCCAGUUCCUGAUGAAAAUCUAGAAAAUGAGAUCGAUCCAAAUGAUACGGAGAGCUCAACACCAAAGGCGGCAACUACAACUCCACCAAGGCGGCAACUUUUGAUCCGCCGACGCUUCAAUGCGACCGCAACAAGAACAACAACAACCACCGCAAAUCCCAGUGACGACAAUGAAAUAGAUCAGGGCGAGACAGUUACAACAACCACAACACGUCGAACGAUUCUGUCACGUCGCCGCUUUAAUGCGACAGGCAUCACAACAACCACGGCGGGAUCAACGAACGGCGAUGAGAUUAGCACACGUCGUCCGUACGCGGCCUUGAACCGCUCACGUAAUCGCUUUACAACACCGCGAACAACCACCGAAGACGGGGAUAACGACGACGGCGAUGAUGAUGAGGAUAAUGAGGAAGAAGAGCAGGUGGCACCACCACGAGCCGGCUUCCUGCAAACAAACCGCCAUCGAGCUUUGCAGCGCACUCCGGAAGAAGAAGAGGAGGAGACUGCGGUGCCGGUACGCAAGCCACCCAGUUUUGUGGGACGUCGCACCACUGCAGCACCACAAAGAGUUAGUUCCAGUACACGACGAAAUCUGGUGGCCAUCAAUAGGAAUCUUUAUCACCGACCAGAAUCCGACGAUGAUCAGGAUGAAGAAGAGCCCGAAGAGGAGUACGAUGAGAACGAGGAAGGGGAUGAUGAAGAAUCAGUUGAUCCCCAAAUCUCAAGCACCACUGCACGUUCAAGACUAAGUCAACUGCUUGCCAAUCGGCAAAGACAACCACUCAGGACAACCACCCAAAAACAGACCGAACAAAAAACUGACUCGGACAACGAGGAUGAUGGGGAAGAAAACGAUGAAGAAGAUAGCUCUGAUGAGGUAUCGAACCGUAACAACACACUAAACACACAAAACAAAACUUUGGGGGUAGGCACAACUAACCUUAACAAUCUUACUAACCGUAGCACCGCACUGAAUGUAGCUAGUCAACGUAGUAACAGCACCGUAGCCAAUUAUAUUAAUCGAUUCAAGUCAAACAGUUACACAAACAACAACAAACCAGUCACAGUCAAAGCUAAUCUUAAGACAGACAGUUCAGUAAAUGAUAAUGAUGAUGGAGAUGAUAAUGAUAACGAUGAUGAUAACGAUGCUAGUCUAGAGAAUGAGGGGGAGGAGAAAUCGAGUGGGGCUGGUUUGAAUGCCUUAGGUAAUGAUGUUAAUUCCACACGACGCUUUCAGAAUCGUUAUCAAUUGAGCCGCACCAGAGGCAGCACCACCAACACCACCCCAACAACCAGAACAACAACCACACAACAACAACCCCCAAUAACAACAACCACCGCCAGACGAGUGGCCUUUGGGGGCCGUCAGCGUGCCCAGGUAACUAAACUAACCCUAGUCGAUGAGCAGACUGAAGAGACCGAGACUAAGGGUGAUGCCCACGAUGAUGUUGAAGAAGAAGAGAAGGAGGAUGAAGAAGAAUCCACCGCAACCUCAACAACAACAACAACCACCAGCAGGCCAACACCGAAGAGAAUACGUGUUUUAAAAUUCCGCAGACCCUUGAAUAGCAAUAGCAAUAGUACAACCGUAGAUAGCACCACUAAUAGCGCCACUGACACUAACCCAGACACAACCACAGCAACACCCACUACAAUAAGCCAAAGUACCACCAGCAACACCACAAGCACCACCGGCAACAAGCGUUUCCGCAAGAUUGUACGCAAAUUGAGGCCAGUGGACUCAAGUACAGCAGCCAGUGUGGAUAAUUCCGAUGAAACCACCCGUAAACCUUUCGUUCCCAGCCACACCAGAUUCACGGAUCAGGACAAUGAUCUUGUGAAUCUGCGCCAGCGGAUCAAGGACCAGCAGGCACGAGGUGAGCCACAGGAUGGAGUGAUCAGCAAUCGAUUCAAGACCCUGGGUCAAAAGGACGACCAGGAUGUGUCGGAAUUGCAAAAGUUGAGGGACAAGGUAAAGGCAGAGCAGGCGAAGGGAGAUGGCGACCAGGGCGUAAUAAACGAUCGUCUGAAGAAGCUGCUCGCCGAGAAAUCCACCAGCAGUGGCAGUCGGCAAAAAGAGGACUCAUCUUCCGCAGAUGAAGAGACUUCUUCAGUCGUUUCUUCCCAGCGUCCAUUCUUUAAGCGCAAACUGGUGGCCCGUCGACCAUAUACACCACCCUCGGCAAGCGGCGGUGGCACCACCAAAGCACCACUGACAUUCAGCACCACCCGACCCACGGCGAAGUUCGUGCGCAAGAAGAACGGCCGAUUCGAUCCCUUCAACUCAAGUGUCCGCAAUCGUGGCGAGGGCUUUGUGAGAAGCGAUCCGCGAGGCUCAAGAUUGCCAGGAGCCGAUCGCUUCAGGACUCAGGAAAAUAAUGAUGAGGACGAUGAGGAGGAGGUGGAAGAACGACACGAGCAGCCACUGCAGAAUCAGUUCGGAACCACUCUUCGCAGACCUUUUGUGCCCAAGACGCGACCCGUAUUGGAUAAAUCUAAGCCGCAACAGGAAGACGACGCAGAAGAAAGCGAUGAUGAAGAAGACGAGGAGGAGGAUUCGGAGGAGGACAGUGAUGAAGAUGAGGACGAAGAUGAGGAGGUGGCUAAGCCAGCUGGAGGGGAGGGUAAGCCACAAGAGCCUAAGGUUAACCCGCUUUACAGGCCCAAGGACAACCGAGUUCUACCGGGCAGUCGACCCAGUUUCGCAGCCACCGCAAGUGGAGCAAUACCACCCACAGCGUCCGGAAAUGUGCCCUUCAAUCCACGCAACCGUCCAUCGAGUUCAGCCAACACAAACGGCCCGCCAGCCGGUCGUUUUGGCACCACAAAACGACCCCGAGUGGUCAACAGACCCCCGGGAGUCGCCUCACCGAACUUGACCCUGAAACCCGUGGCCAGUGAUUACGAGCGCACCACGCCGCUGACCCCAUUGAAGCCGGCACCAUUUAUACCGAGUAACAACAGGAGUUAUGAGCGGAAGUACACGGGUCCAUCCACGGAGGCCACAGAGACGGCCAGUGAAAAUUCACUGAUAGAAGAUCUGAAUAUCGAUGCGCUGAAUGCAAGAAACAAGAAGAUCUUCGAUAAGCACAGUAAGAAGCAUCCGGCCCUGAAGCCCAAGGUGGUCAAGGUGGAAUCGGAGACGGGAACGGAGGCGGAAAGCGGAACAGAGGUGGCGGUGGACGAAGAGACCACCGAGCAACAACAGCAGCUGGAGCAGGGCUUUGUGACCACCCCAACACCCAGUACUACACCACCACCACCAGCACCACCCAGCACACAGUUAGACACAGCCACCACUACAGACACCACGCCACCAGAAACUGUAACCGAAAUAGAAACAGAAACUGAAACUGAAACUGUAACCGAAACUGAAACAGCGACCAAUGCUAAUGAAGCCACUUCAAUCAAUUCACAGGACCAAACCAUCUCGAGCACCACUCAAGCACCACCACCGGCCACCACCCUAUUGCAUGUGUUCACCCUGCUCGAGGGCGAGGGCCAGGAUGAGGAGCCCACGACCCGAAGGCCCACAGUUCGAGUCCCUCCUCCCACCAUCCAGACGGAGGUGGUGCCCAAGCACAAGGUGAUUGAGAUCAAUCGCAUUGUGGAGAUCAACUCGAAGCAGGCCAAGGCUGCGCAGAGGAAGUCCAAGGCGAAUCAGGACUUUGGCACACUGCGGGUGGAAUCGCUGCCGCAUGUUGAACAGCUGGGCGAGAUCAGUGUGGUGAAGUUUGUGCACCUUGUGGAUGGCAGUGACAUUCAGAUCAACGACGGACACAGCACAGUGGCGGAUUACACACCCACCGAACCCACUUCGCACGAACAGAGUGCUGCCUCUCCGCCGGUGAGGAAUUCUCUGCCAGAAGCUGAAGGCAGCGAUACCACCGAUCGCAGCGGCAAAUCCCUGCUGCCCGAAGUCCUAACUGGUGCUCUGGAGACCUCGACCAUCUCGCUGGAGGGGCUUUUCGAUUCGGCCCGCAAGGGCAAGCAACUGAACAGCAAUAGCAUAUUCGCGGAAACUGAGGAGAGCAGCACCACCGUCAGUAGUCCCAGUUCUUCGGCCACCGAAACUGCAACAAGCGAAACCACAACACCGGCGCCCACUUACCUGCGACAACCGACGACUGGCAGCGUUUCGCGGCGACCGGUGUUGAGUGUCCGCCGGCGGAUUAUCAACUCGCCGACGUCGGCAGCGGUUGAGGCCACCACGCAGCAGCCUGCAGAACCGCCAACGACCUCCAAAUACAACCGACUGCGCAGCAGACCCUCAGCAGCAACGGCAACGGCAGCAGCAGCAGCAGCAACUACAACAGCAGCAGCCGCAGCAGCAGCAACCACAGCCUUUCCAGCAGCAACAUCUGUUGCUGGCGGCAGAACCGGCAGCAACAUUUACCUGAACAAGCUGAAAGCCAAGAGCGGAGCAGCACCAGCAGCAGCAGCAGCAUCCGGUGAGGCAGCAACACUGACGCCAGCAACCAGCAACAUCAGCAGCAACGGCGGCAACAUCAGCAGUAAUGACAUCACACAAAAGCAACACAAGUUCCAACCCGCCAGCUUUGCGCUGCGCCGCCAAUUUCAAACGCGUCGGCUGACAACCUUCGCGCCGGCAGCCAACGGCGAUGAGAGCGCCACCGAUGUGCCGAGAACCCAGAACCCGCUGUUCAAGCGUCGCCUUACCCUUAUAUCCACCACACCACCUUCUGUUCGCACCACCAACCUGCCAAACUCUGUGGUGGAAACCACCACUACUCUGUAUUUGAACGAUGAUGACGAGGAUCAGGUGGCAAAGUCGAGCAUUCACACGAGUCGCUUCAACCAGAUUCCCGAGCAAGUGCGUCCGCGCGAGGAAUACGAACACUCAGUGCCACCAACACCACCUCAACCACUAAAGAGCACCACCACCACCGCGACCAGCAACACAGCCAGUGCACCACUGCCAGUUAUUAGCCAGGGAAUACGUCGUCAAUUAAUACCACGGCCACGUCGACCGCAGUCCACCACAGCCACGCCCGUAAACACGCCCACUUCCGGCUCAUCUUCCGGCACAUCCACGCCGGCUGACCAUUCCGCUCCUCCACUUUCCCGUCGCCAGCAAAGUCGUCGUCGUCCGCACAAAUACAUCGAGGUCUACAGCCGACCGCCGACCAAAACCGCCGUAGUCACGGCCACCUCGAGUAGUCAGGUUUUGGAGGAGGUUUUCCCGGUGAGUCAGGUGGCGCAGCGAAGACGAAGUGGCAGCAUUCUACCGAGCAAGAACGAUCCGAAGGUCAUUGUCCAUGGACGGGGCAUCAUCGAGUGCCGGGCACAGGGAAAUUUCCCACACCCACUCAACUGCAGGAAGUUCAUAUCCUGCGCUCGAUUUGAGGAAACCGGCGGAAUCGUCGGAUGGGAGUACACCUGUCCGAAAGGACUCACCUACGAUGGCGUCGGCGGGAUGUGCACCUGGUCGCCUUCGAAUCAGCCCUGCCGGGACUAGACUGAUAAAACCACACAGCCCUGUAUAAGCCUGUAAACCCAUUCACCCACCAUCAUCAUCUGGAGACCCGUUUGCAUCGAUAAAAAGUAACCCAUUCCCUUGCACCGUGUUGUAUAUGAUUUUUUCCAAUUUGUGAUUAGUUCUGCUGAGGUUGAAAAGCGACGAUGAUUAUGAGAGAGAAGGGAGUUGAAAUUCUACGUUAAUUAUUCUUAUUUAAGCUUAGUGAUAUCUCAACCCAAUUUUUUGCGCCUGCCAACUCAGUAGUAAGCAAGAAAUAUUGUCUGUAGAACCACUCCCACAUAUAUAGCGCCAUGUAUAUGUGGUUGUGCGAGUGUAUGCUAUAUACCAUAAUGGAUAAUAUGCUUUCUUUAUCAAAUAAACAUAUCGUGUAAUCCAAA